CUCCAGUCCGGGAGGUGGCGGUAAAUGCACCUAAGUUGGUUUGUCAUCCGCCAAUAAAAAUAGAAGAAGAAGAAACAAUUCCUUAAGAAAAUGGCGGGUGGUAUGACAGAGAAGCAGUUUGCUCACCGUGUUUAUGAUUCACUGCAGGCUUUGUCCUGUCCCCUGGUCCAAGAUCUGUACCUGCAGGAAGAUGAGCGCAUGCUGGAGUUGUUGUGCAGGCCCUCAGUGCUCCGGACCGACAUCCUGACUUGGAUCUGCUGCAGAAUCAACCCAAAAUUUGGAGCAUCCAAAGCUAUGUCAGCAGAGUCCAAAGAUCCCGAUGGUUUAGAGAAAAAAAUGGCUGCUAUAGGCCAGGACCUGAUGCUGUGCAAAGCAGACGACCUGGAUCUAAUCAAGGGUAAUGCCAGCCCUCAGCGACAGCUUCAGUUCCUGGAGCAACUUUGUUAUGUUAUUCCCGGUUUUAGGAAGUCUGCUGGUCAAAGAACUGGUGUAGAGAUGCUUCUAAGUGAGGUUUUUGCUGCAGAGAAUUUGCCUCACCUCAGAGAAAUGCUUCAGCCAGCCCUGGACCCUUGGCCUGCACACAUUGAAGUUCUGCAUGAAGUCUCUGAGUGGGCUCAAAAGUCUAGAGAAGAGUUUCCAGAUGUCUCUGAUCUUCUACAGUCCACUCAGACAGAACUGGAGCAGCUGCAGUUAAAGUGUGACUUCCUAAACAGUGAUGAGCAAAAUCCAAGCACUUUCUCACCGAGCUCGCUGCGUUUAGCAGCAGGCGAUCUCCAGCAGCAAAUGAUGACUUUCAGUCAUCUUUAUGAGACAGACCUAAGAGUCUACUGCAGCAGAGAUGUGCCCAGCUUCAGCACAGAAACAGACAUCUUCCAGAGGGUACACCAGAAGCUGCUGGCCUGCAACACGGAGCUGGAAAUGCAUAAGGAAAUAACCGAAGUCUCUGGCUCUGUGAAUGAGGAAACCAAACAUCUACAAACGCAACCUCGCUACUGGAGUGGAGUAGAGAAGCACACACUACCUGAUCAACUGGAGGAAAUCACCCAGCGAAUUGGGAACGUUGUCUCACAGCUUGACACCUGAUUACAUGCCUGCCAUCAUCACAGUUCAGUGAUGGAACUGCCUGCUGAAUAAUGCUGAAAACCCCGAUUGAUAUUAGCUGCUCAGUCUUGAGUCAUGCAGUGUGGAAAAUAUGAAGUGGUGCUGCAGAUUUUUUAAGUUCAACAUUAUAAUGUUGCAAAACAUGAAUUACGCACCAUGUUUUAUCACUGUCUUCAAAGCUUGUACUAUGAGCCGCUCAUAACUUUAAAGGUUUCCCUUCAAGAAGGCCAAACGUUCUUGCAACCCUUAAACAGUUACAUAUUUUUUAACUCACUCCAGGUCGAUUGUUGAAAAUGUGGAUUAAUGUUCACAAAAGAUCUGUUCCUCCAGCUGCUCUCUGCCAAGGUUUUAGCUGAUAACCUUUAGGAAUCAGGUUGUUGCUGACAACAAUGUUAAAUACUUUAUCUUUAGCAUUUAUAUGUAGAUGCAAAUGACAGUGAAAAAAAUCCUCACUGCACUAAUUUAAUAAAACACCUCCAUAAAGUUGUCUGAUAUUUAGCUUGUCAGUUAAUGUUAAGUUCCCUUUAUGUCUGAUUGUUACAUAAUUCAGUUGGUUAGUUUUCUCUGAAAAACAUCAUGCCCUGCACUAAGAUUGUCUGAAUUUUAUAUUGAAACCUAAAGGAUUAGAAAGUUUGUUGUUAAUCUAUAAAUAAUUGUAUGUCACUGUACUCAAAAUAAACAUUUGGAGUUUGCGCUGUAA